AUCCCCCACAUGCACAUAUUUCGCUGUUCUCAGUUGUCAUUAAUGGAGGAGCUGAAGCCAAGCCCUUGCAACUCAUCCCCUCUCACCCCACUGGGUUUCCUCGACCGAGCCGCCACCGUCUACGGCGACUGCCCUUCCCUCAUCUACGACGACAUCACCUACACGUGGAGCCAGACCCACCGCCGAUGCCUCCGCCUCGCUUCCUCCAUCUCCUCCCUCCUCGGCCCCCAACGCGGCCACGUGGUCUCCGUCCUCUCCCCCAACACCCCCGCCAUGUACGAGCUCCACUUCGCCGUCCCCUUCUCCGGCGCCGUCCUCAACACCAUCAACACCCGCCUCGACACCCGCACCGUCUCCCUCCUCCUCCGCCACAGCCAAUCCAAGCUCCUCUUCCUCGACCACUCCCACACCUCCCUCGCCCUCCACGCCAUCUCUCUCUUCCCUCCGGACACCCCCGCCCCUCUCCUCGUCCUCAUCACCGACGAUGCUCCCGCGCCCACCUCCCCCUUCUGCGCCACCUACGAGGAUAUGAUCGAGAGCGGCGACCCGGAGUUCCGGUGGGACCUACCUGACAGCGAGUGGGACCCGAUGACGCUCAACUACACUUCCGGGACGACUUCCUCGCCCAAAGGAGUGGUCCACUGCCACCGGGGGAUGUUCAUCGUCACAGUCAACUCUCUCCUUGACUGGGCCGUGCCCAAGCAGCCCGUCUAUCUCUGGACGCUUCCCAUGUUCCACGCCAACGGCUGGAGCUACCCGUACGGGAUCGCCGCCGUGGGCGGGACCAACGUCUGCGUCCGCAAGUUCGACGCGCGUGUCAUCUACGACCUGAUCACACGACACGGCGUCACCCACAUGUGCGGCGCGCCGGUGGUCCUCAACAUGCUGACCAACAUACCCAACGUCGAGCCCUUGAGGAGCCCCGUGCAUAUCUUGACCGCCGGGGCUCCGCCUCCCGCGGCGGUUCUCGGUCGGACCGAGUCGCUGGGGUUCGUGGUGAGCCAUGGGUACGGGCUGACGGAGACGGCGGGGCUGGUGGUGUCGUGCGCGUGGAAGCCCGGGUGGAACAAGUUUCCGGCGACGGAGAGGGCGAGGCUGAAGUCGAGGCAGGGAGUGAGGACGGUGGCCAUGACCCGGGUCGACGUGGUAGAUCCGGAUACGGGUAAGCCGGUUAAACGCGACGGCGCGUCGCUUGGGGAAGUGGUUUUGAGAGGCGGGUGUGUGAUGUUAGGUUACCUGAAAGACCCAAAAGGGACGGCGAGUUGCAUGAAAGACGGUUGGUUUUACACCGGCGACGUGGCGGUGAUGCACCCGGACGGGUAUCUGGAGAUAAAGGACCGAUCCAAGGACGUGAUCAUAAGCGGGGGAGAGAACUUGAGCAGCGUGGAGGUGGAGUCGGUUCUGUACACCCACGCCGCCGUGAACGAGGCGGCGGUGGUGGCCAGGCCUGACGAGUUUUGGGGGGAGACGCCGUGCGCGUUUGUGAGCUUGAAGGGUGACGUGAGCCCGAGGCCGACGGAGAAGGAGAUAAUGGAGUAUUGUAGAGGGAAGCUGCCGAGUUUCAUGGCGCCGAAGACGGUGGUGUUCAAGGAGGAGCUGCCGAAGACGUCGACGGGGAAGAUUCAGAAGUUUGUGCUGAGAGAGAUGGCCAAGGCGUUGGGGUCCACAAGGCUGAGUCGGAUGUGAUCCUCUUUCGUUUUUGGUGGGAAUUGCUUGUGGUUGCUUGCGUGUAAUAGUGACUGGAACACAUGCGAAAAUGAGAUGUGCGUCCUUAUUUGGAUAUAUAUCAAAGCUGACGUACCAGAUCUGGGAAAUUUUAGUGAAAAUGUUUGCUGAUGUAUAAGACUGUAUAUAUAAAUAUAUAUAUACGGCCCUUUUCGGCUGCGGACGUCCGCACCAAUGGUUUUGGUGCG